CUGGUAACAUAUAAACACAACAAACCAAACAGGCAAACUCUUGCACCAUCGCUACCGCAACAUUUUACCACAGAGGAAUGCCACUGUACAUGGAUUACAAGCAGGCUAAAAGGAAAAAGAGCUGAUUAGACCUCAGACCGCCCACUGAACGGGAUGACGGCCACAGCUGCAGUGGAGGCACCAAAAAUGGAGAAGAGUGCCUCCAAAGAAGAGAAGCAGCAACCUAAGCAGGAUAGCACGGAGCAGAGCAAUGCUGAUUCUGAAGAGUGGAUGAGCUCUGAGAGUGACCCUGAACAGAUAAGCCUUAAGAAUGGUGACAACAAUAAUAGCUGCCAACCUGGGGAUGGUCAGUUGAAGAAGAAGGGGAUGUCCUCUAAACCACACCGCCAGCUCUGUCGAUCACCCUGCCUGGAUCGUCCAAGCUUCUCUCAGAGUAGCAUUUUACAGGAUGGUAAGCUUGACUUAGAAAAGGAAUACCAAGCCAAGAUGGACUUUGCUCUAAAGCUGGGCUAUGCAGAGGAACAGAUUCAAUCAGUACUGAACAAGCUGGGCCCUGAAUCCCUUAUUAAUGAUAUAUUGGCAGAGCUUGUCAGACUUGGGAACAAAGGUGAUUCAGAAGGUCAUGUCAACUUGAGUCUGUUAGUGCCUCGUGGGCCCAGCUCCAGAGAGAUUGAAAGUCCUGAAUUGUCUCUUGAAGAUGAAAUAGACAACAGUGACAAUUUGAGGCCGGUUGUCAUUGAUGGAAGUAAUGUGGCAAUGAGCCAUGGCAAUAAAGAAGAAUUCUCCUGCAGAGGAAUACAACUUGCUGUGGAUUGGUUUCUAGAUAAAGGCCAUAAAGAUAUUACUGUAUUUGUGCCUGCAUGGAGAAAGGAGCAAUCCCGCCCUGAUGCACCAAUUACAGAUCAAGAUAUUCUUCGUAAACUGGAGAAGGAAAAGAUUCUCGUCUUCACGCCAUCCCGAAGGGUCCAGGGCAGGAGGGUUGUCUGCUACGACGACCGGUUCAUAGUCAAACUGGCUUUUGAUUCUGACGGCAUCAUUGUAUCUAAUGACAACUACAGAGAUCUUCAAGUCGAAAAGCCAGAAUGGAAGAAGUUUAUAGAGGAGCGAUUGCUGAUGUAUUCUUUUGUGAAUGACAAAUUUAUGCCUCCAGAUGAUCCUUUAGGACGUCAUGGCCCGAGCCUUGAAAAUUUCUUAAGAAAGAGACCUGUUGUUCCUGAGCACAAGAAGCAACCAUGUCCUUAUGGCAAAAAAUGCACCUACGGCCACAAGUGCAAAUACUACCAUCCGGAGCGGGCCAACCAACCCCAGCGUUCGGUGGCUGAUGAGCUCCGCAUCAGUGCCAAACUGUCCACAGUGAAAACCUUGAGCGAAGGCACCCUGGCCAACUGUGGCACAGGGAUGUCUAGUGCCAAAGGUGAGAUAACCUCAGAGGUCAAACGUGUGGCCCCCAAGCGCCAAUCAGAUCCUAGCAUCCGGUCCAUGGCUGUGGAGCCUGAGGAAUGGCUGUCUAUGGCCCGUAAGCCUGAGGCCAGCUCUGUCCCCUCACUUGUGACUGCCCUAAGUGUCCCCACAAUUCCACCCCCCAAAAGCCAUGCAGUGGGUGCACUCAACACUCGUUCGGCCAGCAGCCCAGUGCCAGGAUCCUCCCAUUUCCCCCACCAGAAGGCCUCUCUGGAACACAUGGCCAGCAUGCAGUACCCCCCCAUCCUGGUUACCAACAGCCAUGGGACCCCUAUUAGCUAUGCUGAGCAAUACCCAAAGUUUGAGUCCGUAGGGGACCAUGGCUACUAUUCAAUGUUAGGUGACUUCUCCAAACUGAACAUCAACAACAUGCAUAAUCGAGAGUACUACAUGGCUGAAGCAGACCGGGGGGUGUAUGCCCAGAAUACCAGCCUCUGUCCUGAUAGCCGUGUGAGCCAUCCCAGGAAUGACAACUAUUCCUCUUACAACAACCUGUACCUGGCUGUAGCUGAUGCCCAUCCUGAAGGCAGUUUGAAGCUGCACCACUCAGCAUCUCAGAACCGUCUUCAGCCUUUUCCUUAUGAUUACCAUGAAGCCUUAACGCGAGUACAGAGUUAUGGCCCAGAGGAUUCUAAGCAAGUCCACAAGCAGUCAGUCCCCCACUUAGCUUUGCAUGCCCAGCACCCAGCAACUGGAGCACACUCCAGCUGUCCUGGAGACUACUCCAUGCCUCCCAAUAUCCAUCCCGGGGCAACCCUCCAACCAGGCCGUGCCCUAGUGAUGACUCGGAUGGAUAGCAUUUCUGACUCCCGCCUCUAUGAAAACAACCCCAUGAGGCAAAGACGACCUCCUCUGUGCCGGGAACAGCAUGCCAGCUGGGACCCGCUGCCCUGUGUAACCGACUCCUAUGGCUAUCACUCCUAUUCCUUGAGUAACAGCCUCAUGCAACCAUUUUAUGAGCCAGUUAUGGUACGGAGCGUGCCUGAAAAGAUGGAGCAGCUUUGGAGGAAUCCUUGGGUUGGAAUGUGCAAUGAUUCCAGGGAGCAUAUGAUCCCAGAGCACCAGUAUCAGACCUACAAGAACCUCUGCAAUAUUUUCCCUUCUAACAUCGUCCUUGCAGUGAUGGAGAAGAAUCCCCACACAGCAGAUGCCCAGCAAUUGGCAGCCUUGAUUGUUGCUAAGCUUAGGGCUGCAUGUUGACAUGACAUAGGACUUAUUCUUUUAUACAAUACGAAUAUUAAUACUAAUAAUACAUUAAUACUAUGAUUACAGUAACUAAUAAUUUGUGUUGCACUUUACAAGUUACAGUGUUUACAUCAUUUAAGCACAUAACAACUCUUAUUUUAUAGAGAAGGAAAUUGAAGCUCAGUGAGAUUAAGUCACUUGCUAAGGUCACACUGCUAGCAAAUGACCAAGUCAAGACGUACACCCAAGUCCUCUGACUCCAAGUCCUAUGCCCUUUUGCACUGCACCAUGCAGGUAAUGGAGGACAAAACCCCAAGGGAUUCCAUUAUCAGCAUUUUCUUAGUCACAGUCUAUAUUACAAAGUAUGGAUGAUAUAUAAAAUUUAGCGAGCAAAAGCAUCAGGACCAGAUCGUAUGUUGAAUUAACUUUUUAGGUUUUUUUAAUAGGAAUAUUUAAAGCUAUUUAAAAGUAAAUGCAUACUUUAUUGCAUGGAUAGCUGAUCAUUCAAUAUUUCUAUCAAUUAAGCUUUAGGGUCACACUGAAGCUUCUAGAACUAUAUUUCACACCUAUUGUUAGCAAUUAUAUUGCAUGUCUGAAUGUAUAUAUUUGGUUUGAGAUGUGUAUCUGUAUAACCUUUUACAUAAUGGUAAUGAGAAGCUAGGCUCUGCACAGUCCUUAGUCUACAGCUGUAUAGAUCAUGAAUCUGACUUGAUGAUUUUAUGUCAUAUUUCAUAGUUUUGGUUAUUUUUGAAAGUGAAAUUACAUGCCAAUGUUUUAACAUUGCUUUCUUGGGCACCAGAAAAAAACAGCUCUAUUUCCUUUGCACUUUUUACUUGCCAACAGUUAUUGACAGUUCUUAGCUUCCAAGUCUCUUCACCUCAGCAAUUAGGGGUCAGGUUGCAGCCUUCUUCUGCAGAGGAGCUGAUGGAUAACCUCAAGUUUUGAACAUAGAAUGUGUUUGCUACACAAGUGCAGAAGAGUUUGACCAGGACCAAGGGACUUUCUACCAGAGUCCACAAACCUUAUUCCAGAAGAGAUGGCUCAUAUGGCAUUAAAUGAUGAAUACAAAAGCUUCACUCCAGGAGGGACUAAUGGAUGCUCUUCGGACUUCUGACCUAUGCAGUAUUCAAUAUCACAAGAUGAAAUGUAACGGAGGACAGUGCAUAGCCAUGUAAUCCACUUUCUCCUGCUGUCCACCUUUUGGGCAAUAAGGUCAAUCAUUGGUGGAGCAGAAUUUCUUUAGGAAACAAAACCAGGGGAUUUUCUAGGUGGAAAAAGGCAGCUUCCAAAAGCGGAUGCUGCAUCUUUACUAAGAGCUGGCUUAGUUACGCACUGCAAAUCCAUGCAGAUGGUACACUUGCCAUUAGAUAUUUCUUAAAUGCAUUACUAAAGAAGGCAAGACUCUGGGGUUGGGAGGGACCAUUUGUGCAACUUGUAUCUUGCUCAGGGUGGGAACCUUUGUAGCUAGAUGCCUCUAGGAGAGGCAUUGUUUUUUUAAGCUGCACUAACUGAACUCCCUUUUUGAAUCCAUUGUAUAUUUCAACAUUUUGAACCAUGUCCAGCACAGUAUUUCUUGAGCUGGAACUUGCUAACUUCUAUGGUCAUUUUCAUGAAAGUUAAGAAGGCCUGGCCUUGGCCUUUUGUUUCUUCAUGAGAAGGUGUGACACUGCCUAUAAAUGUUUCUUACUGUGAAACACUCCGAAUGUGAGGCUGUAGUCAGGGUUGUUUCUGGUGGUUUGAUAAUGGCUUGCAUGCUGCUUCCUGGCUUUCUGUGUCUGUCCAAGUUGAUUAAUACUGCAUCUCAACCAAUGUUUCCCUUCAGUUAACCACAGCUUCACAUUCACCUCCUAUCCUCUAAUCUUCCCAUCCCCCAGCAUACUGAUAAAGUGUAGGUCCACAGAGAGUGACAGUUGCCACUGCAGUGCUUGCUAUUUCACACAAACACCAUUUCAUUCCUUCAACUUUUUGGACCUUCUAAACCUGCCCUGUGUCUAAAUCAGGGUAUUUGACAAUCUCAGAUGACUCUAAUGCCUUUGUGCCAGUUAAUUCAUCUUCCUACCAAAAUCAUCAAUGGCACCGCAGUAUUGACUAGCUGCACAAUUUACAGGGAAGCACAAGAUUAUCCUUGUCAGCUGCAGUUCAUCUUGAACAUGUUCAUAUUUAGUACUCAAAAAAAAUAUAAGCUCCUCCCAAUACAGGAAAUAUUUUAAGGCAGAACAUCUAUCUUAUUUCCUAAAAAUUAUUGUCAUUCUUCUCCUCUCAUAAGAUGUGUAUGAACCAAAGCUAGGAGCAAAGCCUCAAAUAACCAGAAAUGACCUUUUGUUGAUACAAAUUGUAUCUUUUUUUUUUUUUUUUAUUGUAUAGAAACAAAUGUACAAAACUCAUCUUAAGCUAGGUUCCUACUGAAUUUUCACCAUGAUGUUUGUGGCACUAUGUGUCACAAGGAAGUAGCCCAGGGGUCAUGAAGGAGCUUUUAUUUCCAAAGGGUAGUAAUAGUUUAUAGACAAGGCCUCUUUAUUACUAGGUACACAGCUAUUGUGUGUACAAUUUCGAGCAUUAUAUUGCAUAAGUUCUCUUCAGCCUAUUAAAUUUAAUAUGUCCUUGAGAAAGGGAUUUUGUGUAAAAAGUAUCAGUGUUAGUGAAUCAUCUGCAGGAAUCUAAAAAUGGAGCUGUAUAACUAUGAAUGCAUAAAGAUUGGUUCUUAAUUAUUAGAGAAACAUUUUAUUUAUAAUGAGGUCUGCAUACUUCUUGACUUUUCCAUUUUGUCUAUAAUUAUAAAACAGCAAAUAACAGAGAAGUAUUGGGACCCCCCUUGAUUCCCACGGUAAUACAAUCAAGCUUCUUUCAUGGGGCUAAGAGUGUGUCCUUCAGGAUACUUACCUCUAAGCACUCAGCAGGGGUUACUGCACAUUGUUUUUUGUGGUUUUCAAGAAGCAGUAUAUUUUGCAAGAGGUGCUUUGUAAUAUUCUUUAACUGAUUUUCUGACCUCAUGGCAAGUCUGUGCCUGUUCAGGACUUAGAUUUUGUAGAUUUUGUGAUUUGUAUGUGUGUGUGUAUGUGUGUGUAAUUUUGUUGUUGUUUUCAUUUUGAUCUAAAAGAUAAGUGUGACCCUGGAGUGGCACGGUCAAUCCAGGGCACUCUUUCUGUAAGACAGCUCAGAGGAAAGGUGUCUGCCUUUUCAAAGGUAACAUCAAACCACUGCACUCUUUGUUAAGGUGCCAGGUAUGGAAGGUAGAAUGCCUUCUGGAAAUGGUCUAAGAAACUUUUCUUCUUCUAAGUAAUGAAACACAUAGCAUGAUUCAUUCUCUCUCUCUCUCUCUCUCUCUCUGCUAGUUUCCAGGAGAAUACUUCUCUAACAUUUAUUUUUUUCUAUUUUGGAAUAAAUUCUCUUUAUACAGUAAUUCAAAUAUUGAUAUCCAUUUACCUUUGGCACUGAGUUUUCUUCUAACAUAGAAGAGUUCAUUUUGAGAGACACUCAGUUACCAUUAUUUAUGCUGUAAGUAUGGCACUUUGUAUUAAUGUCCUUUUUCAGGGCCAACAAUUUCAAUACUUUGUUUUACUCUGUGAACCGGGUCUGGGUCUGCACAGGGAAAGUAAUGCCGAGCUGUCCAAAGAGCCCUGUUCAGGGCUCCUCCUAACCCUUCUCUUCCUUCCCUUAGUUUGCUUCUCCUCAGGUCUGACACUGAGGAGUGCCUAGUCUUCGACUGAAAUGACACUAUAGUUAGUUCUCAUUGGAAACCAAACCAGUAUAUUUCUGGAAACUGCUUGUAUAAAGUAGUCAAUGCCUUUGUAAAGAUUCAGCAUAUUCAUUAUCUAUUGUAUUGUAGCUAGCUAUAUACAUAGGCAGAUUGACUAUUUUUAGUCCUGGUUUGUGUAUCAUUGAGCUAUAGUAGUUUGCUUUAUCCAUUUGUGGGAUUAAACAAUACUGUUUAAUGGUUGUAAACUUUUAUAAAACCUCUUUGGGUUUUUUGUUUGACCCAAACAUAAUGUAAGUCUCAAUGACAAAAUACACAAAGCCAAUCAGAGGUGAGUGAAAAUAUAUCCCUUCCCCAGUUGUCUGCCCCUGUAAUGCACGUGCAAUGUUUUGUAAUAUGUUCUCACUAGCAUGAAUAUGUUCUGACUACUUCAUGAGGCUUUAAUUUGUUUUACCUAUAAUUGUGAUGGAAAAUGCUGUAAUGUUGAGAACAAUGAACUGUAACUACACUUAUUUACUGCAUAAACUAUUUGUCUACUAACCA